CUGAUUGCUGACAUCUCGAGAUGACCCAUAUCGGCACCCGCAUGUCUAGCAUCCCCCCAGUGGCCCGAGUCAAGUCGGGGGAGACCGUCAGUUUCGACUGCCUUGACGCGUCCAAUGGUCAAGUCACGCCAGCGACCGUCGCAACCUCCCUGCGCACUCUUGACAUCGCCACGCUCGACCAGGUCAAUGGCCCAAUUUACAUCGAGGACGCACAGCCAGGAGACACGCUGCAGGUUGACAUUCUCGAGGUCAGCACGGCCGAGUGGGGCUGGACGGGUAUCCUCCCUGGGUUCGGACUCCUGGCGGACGAGUUCCCGACGCCGUCCCUGAAGAUCUGGGACUUGCCUGCCGGACAGGACUUUGCCUGGUUCGACAAGCUCAAGGGCAUAAAGAUCCCGUUAAGGCCGUUCGCCGGCGAGAUGGGCGUUGCACUUGCCGAGAAGGGGCCCCACUCGACCAUACCGCCGUAUAGCACAGGAGGCAACAUUGAUACCAAGCACUUGACGAAGGGCACGACGUUGUAUCUCCCAAUUCAGGUUGAAGGAGCGCUGUAUUCCACCGGGGAUGGACAUGCUGCCCAGGGUGAUGGAGAGGUUUGCGGCACUGCUAUUGAGACGCCUAUGAAGACCACGGUGCGCCUGACAGUCCUGAAGGACAAAUCUCACGUCAAGACUCCGCACUUCUCCACACCCAGCGUUUCAGAAGACCCCAAAGGCUACUACUGCACCACCGGUGUUAGGCCAGACAUCCGAGAAGCCGCCCGGGAUGCUGUACGGCACAUGAUAACUGUCCUGAUGGUCGAGCACGACCUAAGCAGAGAAGAAGCGUACAUGCUUUGCAGCGUCGCAGGCGAUCUGCGCAUGCACGAAGUUGUGGAUAUGCCUAACUACGUCAUUGGCAUGAUGAUGCCAAAGUCCAUAUUUGGGCAUAAAUCUGUAUGAUUCUUGUUCAGAGGGGCCCGCUCACAUCCCGGAUAAGGUGGAGGUCACAUAAACUUGACGACCUUUCGCGCGUGUGAAACCCUGUUGUUGCCGGGAUGGCAUAUGCAUAAACGGAAAACGAAUACUUCGCUCUUAUAGACAUACAUAAGGAAGUGAAUGCUUGAGUUAGUUCAUUGAAGGGGCGACCGGUCGUCAAUUCAACUUGUGUCCUCCACCGUAUGUCGGCUUCAAGCGCGUAUGGUACCAAUGAUAGCUACAGAUUCUGCAGGCUGGCAUUU